UGCGCUGAUGUUGACCAUGGAAGGAUGCGUGGGAUGAAAAGUCAUGAUUGUCAUGUUUUUUUCCAGACUUUACUUCCGAUUGCAUUUAGUUCUUUACCCCAACAUGUAUUGAAUCCGCUUAUUGAAAUCAGUCAAUUUUUCAAGAAUUUGUGUUCGACAACGCUAAGAGAGGCUGAUCUCAUCAAGAUGGAAAAUGACAUUCCACUGAUCUUGUGUAAGUUGGAGAGAAUAUUUCCUCCUGCCUUGUUUGAUUCUAUGGAGCAUGUUGUGGUGCAUCUUGCAUACGAGGCUAGGCUUGGUGGGCCGGUUCAAUAUAGAUGGAUGUACCCGUUCGAAAGGUUCAUGGGUUAUGCAAAACGUGCCGUGAAAAACAAAGCUAGGGUCGAAGGCUCAAUUUGUGCAACAUACUUACACCGCGAAACAAUUUACUUUUGUUCGCAUUACUUCAAAGACACGUUGUCAUCAAGCCAUAUUCGCAAUGAAACUGAAACAUCUCGGCCUGUGAGAAUUCACCCAUUAAACAUGUCAAUAUUCAGCUUGCCUGGUCGUAAUGGUGGUGGUGAGAAAGUGUUGUAUCCUGGUGACAAAGUUCUCUAUUCGGCGCAUGUUCACUUGCUGAUUAAUUGCAAUGAAGUCGAGCCAUAUUUACAGAUGUUUUUAACACAACAUACUUCUGCUCAAAUCAAUUCGCAAUUUCCAGCAUGGUUCAAAGAAUACAUGUACCAACAAACACCCGCAACUCGUGUCAUACAACACUUGAGAAACUUAUCUGAUGGCCCAAAGUCAACCGUUAAACAAUGGCACACCUACUUUGUCAAUGGUUACAGAUUUGAGACACACAGUUGGAGUGAAGGAAAAAUAACAGUAAACAGUGGAGUGUGUAUGAAAGGUGUGACUGAAAAUGGUGAAGGAGAUUUUUACGGUGUCAUUGAGAACAUAUUUGAAAUCGAAUACAAUUACCUUGAUUACAAGAAAACAGUCGUGUUGUUUUACUGUAAAUGGUUUGAUCCUUCAAAUAGAGGUACCAGAUAUGAUUCAAAGACUAAUACCGUGGACAUAAAAAUGAACAAACAUUAUCCAUUGUAUGAUCCGUUUGCUAUGGCUCAUAACGUCAGACAAGUUCACUAUGUCCCUUAUCCAUCGACUACAAGGGAUAAGCGAGGUUGGUGUGCCGCAAUAACAUCAAAACCAAGGGGUCUGAUUGAAAAAAAUGAGAUAGAUGAACGUGAAGAUGAACCAUAUCAGGAAGAUGAGAUGUCCAAUGUUGAUGAUGUCAUUGCAGUUGAAACUUUUAAUCAACUUUGUGUACAAGAAGAAGCCGAAGAAGUACCUUCUGAUGGUGAUGUUGAUGAAGAGGACGUCGAAGCUAAUGGUGAUGAUGAAGGCAGUGAUGAUGAAGAUGUAUCAGAUUGGGAUGACAAUUAAUUUUAUAAUAUAGUUAUCCGCGUUGUAAUAAUAUUAAUCGUUGUACUUGAAUAUUUG